AUGCUGGGUCUCCGCUGGAAUCCGCACGAGGACACCUUCUCGCUGUCUGUCCGGCUGACUCCAGCGGCCCUACCGACCAAGCAGACCGUACUGGCACAGACCGCUCGCCUGUUCGACCCGCUGGGCUGGCUAGCACCGAUUCUCGUACGUGCGAAGUUGCUGAUCCAGUCGGCGUGGUUGCAGCAACUAGACUCCGUGGAGCUCCACGGCUUUUCGGAUGCCUCCGAACGUGCUUACGCUGCCGUGGUCUACAGCAGAGUGAAAAGUGGCAGACUGCUCAGCAUCAACCUAGUGGUCGCUAAGAGCAAGGUGGCCCCGUUGAAGCGUGUAUCGCUUCCGCGACUGGAACUCUGCGGAACGGCCUUUCUGUCCAAACUAGCCGAACAUGUGCGGCUCUCCUUGAAUCUGGAGAAGUCGACGAUCACCCUCUGGACGGAUUCUACUGUGACGCUUGGCUGGAUACGUGGACAUCCUUCAAAAUGGAAUACAUAUGUAGUUAACAGCGUUGCAGAAAUUCACCGCGACGACCAGGAUGCAAGAUGGCGGCACGUACUUGGUAAGGAGAACCUUGCAGACUGUGUCUCCCGGGGAGUGUCGCCGAAGAAGCUCCUUCAACAUCCUCUGUGGUGGCGAGAGCCGGAAUAUCUCCGCCAUCGCGCGGACUUUUGGCCGAAGGACGUCGGACACCUGGAAACGGCUGACUUACCGGAGCAGCGACCGUUACGAUGCCAUGCAGCCACCGAGAAGCGAGAACCUGAGGAGCUCAACCGCUUCUUCUGCCUUCGUCGCUUGCUUUGCGUGUCAGCCUGGAUCUGGCGCUGGAGGCCACGAAGACUUCGUUCGACAGAUGGUGAAGCUGUGUCGGCGUUCCUGGGACCUAAGGAGCUGGAGGCCGCCCUGUCGAGAUGGAUCCGGUUAGCUCAGGAGUCGAGUCAUACCAUGCAGAGCUGCGGGACAUCCGUGCUGGAAGGACGCUGCCUGCCCGAAGCUCGCUCCGCAAGAUGGUUUUCAUGCUGGAUGACGAGGGCACCCUGA